CGUAUGUAUUUGUUUACCAACUGCUGGCACACGGUGACACAUCUGGCCUUUAGCCUUUUUGUAUGAGCUGAAAUAAGCCUUACAAGCCUAUUCACUAUUGGCGAGAUCAAUGACAUUUUCUUUCCUUUCCUUUUCAUUACAUUUGGUGAUUAAAUACUCCAACAAAUAAAGGCCUAAUGUAUUGAGGAACAAAACAUGAGAGCAUCGUCAACAUAUAUAUAUAUACACGAGGAUCACCAAAGUGCCAUAGUUGCAAUUUUAUACAAAUAGUAUGUGUUACUUUGUGCUGCCUACCGCCUAGAAUUAGGCUUGAUUAAUUUUCUUCGAGGGAAAUUCUCAUUCGGCGCUGUUGGAUUUAAUUGUUGUCCGACAGAAAGUGAGCAUCCCUUUAACAACAGCCAAGCGUCCGUUGCCAUGGGUACCGUGAGGCAGCGGGGAGAAAGAGACACGAAAGGCUAGAUGCUAGCUAUCAAAAGUUUACUCGACGAAGAAGUUGCUUUUGUUUACAUUGUAUAAAUGUCAUUGUUUAGGGACAAUUGUAACUUUCUUGUCUCCCCGCGUGACACCAAUUUACUUUAGCUAAAACAACUUGCUCAGCUGCCGAGUUGACUAACUAGCUAGGCUACAACUAACUAACGUUACCUUAGCUAGCCUAAGCAUUGACAUGGCAAGUCUAGGCAAAUCCACUGGCAAAACUCCCAAAAAGGAGGCGAGACCUCGGACACCGCCAGAGAAGAAACGUCUGAAAGUGUCAGAGGAUUUCUCCUCGUGUCUGAGUGAAGAGCAGCCUCAGAGCCCCACUCUUAAAGGAGAGGACAUCCAGGCCCUGGCCAUCAGACCUGAAGACCUGGAGAAGUUGCGGGUGCCCCAGCCCCCUAAAGAACCCCAGAAACCUGCAGCUGUGACCCGCGUGCUGGUGCGUAAGACCCGCCCACCUGAUGACAUCGGAAAGGGGGUGAGGGUAGCGGUGGCCCGCCCCCUGGCCCAGGACACCACCACACAGCCACUGGACUACACAGGACCGGGGGGACCUCGCUUCGAUGCCCAGGGGAUGGUCCUCCCCCACAGCAUUCUGGGUAGUCUGGAGGACUUCAGGACAGAGAUGCAGGCCAGGGGAGAGACUGAGCUGGUGAGGAGGGUGCCAGCCCCUCAAAGAGCCGUCUCCCAGGUGUUGAGGGGUGCAGAGAGACCCCCCUCCAGUCCCCAGGGGUCAGAGAGACGUCCAGAGCCACGCCUUGCAGCACUGCUGGUGAGGAGGGUGCCAGCCCCUCAAAGAGCCGUCUCCCAGGUGUUGAGGGGUGCAGAGAGACCCCCUCCAGUCCCCAGGGGUCAGAGAGACGUCCAGAGCCACGCCUUGCAGCACUGGCACACACACAUGACCCAGAGACGACACCAGCAGGACCUUAUCUCCAACCUGCUCCAGAAGCCAGUAGAGAGGCUGUUGAUGAACCAGUCCAACCGUUUCAGAGAGACUCAGGAGCAGAGAGAACUGAUCACCCGAGGCCUGCCAGCCAUACACUCUGGACAGGGUUACCGUGUAGGCAGUGAGUUCUGGAGCCUCCCUCAGAGGUUUGGUGAUGAGCUGAGUGGUAUCUCAGCCACCCUGACCCAGACACAGAGAGGACAGCAGGAACCUGUCACACACAUCGCACAGCCACACAGCAUCCGCAUGGAGUCAGGUAAUGUUCUCCCAGAGACAUGUGGUUCAGCUAGCAGGACCUGGGACCAGAGUCUCUACCUGCAGCACCGACGACAUGAGCUCAGAGAUGUUCUCAAAGACCUGGACUUCAACCAGCCUGAGAUAGAUGGCUUGGAGGUGAUUGGCUCAGGCCAGCCCUUCACCUCUGUCACUGUGAAGCAGAGCCCCUAUUGGAGGAGGAGGAGAGGGAGGAGCUUAGGGAGGUGGAGCAGAAGGAAAACCAUGACCCCCUGUCGCAGUUUGAUGAUGUCAUGCUGGACGCGGUGCUGGUGCCUGCCCUGAGGUUCUGUGGGCAGCCCGCCCGCUGGACAGGCAACUCCACCUCUCACAAGGGGGAGGUGGGUAUCAGCGCCAGGGUAACGUUUGAGGCCCUGUCAGGAGAGAGAGCCCGUUCAGACAUGGAGGUGCAGAACGAGGGCAGUACAGCAGUCUACUACAGCUGGCAGCGCCUGGCUGUACCACAUAGCUUCCCUGACGCCAGGACACAUACACACACACAGCACUUCUACUUCAACACCUCCACAGGUGUGAUUCUACCAGGUGACAGCAAGCGUGUAGAGUUUAUAUUUAAGUCGGAGGUCCCAGGCAUCAGGACAGAGGUGUGGCGUCUCAACACACACCCUGUCCUGCUGGGCGGAGCCUCCAUCCAGGUGACACUGAGGGGCGUGGCUCUUUACCAGGACAAGACCGGCUGACCAGAGACACACUCUGGAGAGGGAGCUGCAGCAGAGAGAGGCUGCGUCAGUGUGUCGGUCGUUGGUGUGUGCCGUGUUACGAGGUGUCCUCACCCCAGAGAGACCCGGCUCCCCUGCGGAGCUCUACACCACAGAGGAAGAACACUUCCACAACAGGAACCCAAAGCUGCAGUACCGUUAUGAGACAGUGGAGGCGCUGAAGAGCCUGUGGCAGCAGGUGACCGCAGAAACAGGAGAAGACAGAGAAACAGCCUGGGACCUCUCUGUGUCUACACUACGACAGGCGGUGCUGGCUCUGCCCCAGGGGGACGGGGAGCAGGAUGGACCCCAGGAGAGGCUCACCAGAGAGGGGGCUCUGAGCCUCUAUAACACCCUCCUCCUGGAGCUCACCCAGCCACUCACACAACACACGCCACUACCACACAACGCUAUAGGGUUGCAGCUGUGGAGAGAGCUGUUGGACGGUCUGGUCAGUGCAGCUCUGUGGCUCAGACAUCUACUGGGUCUCCCUGAGACAGACACAUGGGGGGAACACACACAGGACCACCACCACAGCUGGGGAAAGAUGAAGAAAGAGGAGAAGUUUGAGAAGAAGGCAGGAGCACCCCUGAAGGAGGAGAAGAAGGCAGGAGCACCCCUGAAGGAGGAGAAGAAGGGAGGGGCGGUCAAAGAGAAGGAGGAGAAGAAAGGAGCAGUCAAGCCUGCUGUGAAGGAGAAACCAGUGGAGGAGCGUCCGGGCUGUAAGAAGAAGGGUCGUGAGGAGGUGGCGGUAGGGGACAAGCGUCCUGGAGGUAAGCCUGGUAAAGAACCAGGCAGAGAGCCCUCCUCCACCACAACCAGCCCUGAGAGUGACUACCAGGACCACCACACUGACUCUACUGUAGAGCCUGAACUACAGGACAAAUACAGGAGACAGCUGCACCAACAGGUGUAUAUUCUAAUGGAAGGCUUAGUGGAUUCUCUGUGUGUGCUGUUGGAUGAGUCUGCAGAGGAACAGACUUGAGCUGACACACACACACACACAGCUCUCUAAUCACACUAUAAUAAAUUCCACUCUUCCCUAACACACACAUUUGUACAGAGAAUCCAUCACAGGUGCAGAGGUUUAUUUCCUCACUAUGACAUUAAUAAACUUGCUUUGUGAACUUCC